AUCUUUCUGUUGUUAAUUUUUAUUUUAAUAUAUUUUUUUUUAUUGCAGGUCUGAAGUACCUCCAUUCAGCCAGAAUCCUACACAGAGACAUCAAGCCAGGAAACCUUUUGGUUAACAGCAAUUGUGUACUAAAGAUCUGCGACUUUGGCCUGGCCAGGGUGGAGGAACCAGACCAAUGCAAAAAGAUGACCCAGGAGGUGGUGACCCAAUACUAUAGGGCGCCCGAGAUCCUGAUGGGAGCUCGCCACUACAGCGCUGCCGUCGACGUGUGGAGUGUCGGCUGCAUUUUCGGCGAACUGCUCGGUCGGCGAAUUCUGUUUCAGGCGCAGAGUCCUGUGCAGCAGUUGGAGUUGAUCACCGACCUGCUGGGGACUCCGUCGCUGGACGACAUGCGCCACGCGUGUGAGGGCGCACGCACGCACAUGUUGCGUCAACGCGUCAAACCCCCCCUCACUGCCCUCUACACGCUCUCAUCGCAGGCCACACACGAGGCCGUUCAUUUACUCUGUCAGAUGUUGGUGUUCGACCCGGACAAGCGCAUCACAGUGAUGGACGCCCUGGCGCACCCCUACCUGGAUGAGGGCAGACUGCGCUACCACUCGUGCAUGUGCAAGUGCUGCUACACCAACUCGGCCAACAGUCUGCGUCAGUUCACGCCCGACUUCGAGCCCAAGACGCCGCACGCCUUCGACGACCUCUGGGAGAAGAAGCUCACCUCGGUGCAGCAGGUCAAAGAGGAGAUGUACAAGUUCAUAGUGGAGCAGCUGAACACCCGGCGUGUGCCACUGUGCAAACCGCAGUCGGCCGCCUUUAAGAGUUUUGCCAGUUCAACGGUGGCACACCCCUCUGAGCUGCCCCUCGCCACACCAAUGGGAGUGACAUUUUCUACAGCCUAGGAUAUUGUUUCGACAGUUCAUUGGCUGAGCAAAAUAAAUGCAAAAAACGCAAACAAAAUGAAGAAACCCAACGAAAAAAAUAAAGACUUUCGAAAAAUUCGUGGAGACAUCUCUGUCUGCGAGACCUGAUCGCGACGUUAGUUUUUGUGUUGUAACACUUUAUUGUCAGACUUUUAUGUGUUAUUGUCACAAAUUUAUGUGUUGUGUCAUGAAUUUUUGUGUUUUGACACUUUGGAAACGUUAUGUUCCCCAGUUUUGGAGGACUAGUUGUUUGUUGUGUUCAAUGUAUUCUCUCAAAUAACUGAAACUGUAUGGAAUUGUUUUGAGUUACUAUCUCGAAGCUGGAACUUUUUACUAACUAGUUACUGUAGUUUUGAGUUUGUAUCUCAAAAUUGGAACGUUUUACUUUGAACUAGUUACUGUAUGGUAGUGUUUUGAGUUACUAUCUCAAAACUGGAACUCAUUAGUUCUCUAGAGUUACUCUAACUUUGAGUUACUCUCCCAAAACUGAAACGUUUUGAGUUACUCUCUCACAAGAACAUGUCUGUGUUUGUAAUUAAACUGAUGAAUUAUUUUGGUAUUCAGCUACUUAUUCAUGUAGUAGUUUGAAUUUGAUUGUAUCUAGUUUGUAUGUACAUUGAUUAUUUUAGGAGGGCUAAUAAUAUUGGAAGAGGUGGUAGAAAAGAAAAUGACUGUUAACGAAAUUUUUUCAAACAAAAGGCUGAUAGAAUUUGACUGCUAAAUUGAGUCGAUGCUCCUGAAAUUUGUUCGUAUUGCCUGGGCAGUACCGUUUAUGUUUUAGGUUAGGGUUUAUUUUUGUAAUUAUUUGUGGAAUGUUAGGUUAAGUUAGGUUGUCAGUGAUCAGUUGACACCAGUGUAUUUGUAAAAAACGGAUGGUUUAUGUAAUAUUUGUAACAACUAUUGUAAGUUUAUGAAUAUUAAUUGGUUUUAUUAAGAUGAUGGAGCAUAUUUUGUCUUCGCAUUGUUGACAAAAUAUUUUGAAAAGCUUUCAUUGAAUAAUUGUCGUGGGCUGCUUGGAAAAAUCAACAAUUUGAUGAACUUUGUAGCUCGAAAAUGUUGGCUACCUGCUGGAUGGGUACCUACCCAACAUCUGAGAACCAAUUUGAGUUUUUUCAAGCAUUUUGGCUCUUGUUAAUGAAAUAAUGUUUUUUUUAUGAUUCUUGAAGAUUUCAUGACACAUCAUAAAAUUAAUGAAUGGGGAAUUUGUUUCUCAUUAAUGUAAGUAUCAUUAUAUAAAGCUAUGAACAGCCAAAAUCUGAAGAAAUGAUAGAAAAGAAAGAAAAAUGAUGAGGAAUGAUGUAGAAGUAGAAGUAAAGAGUAAAAAACCUCCUGUUUUAAUGCUUCUCUGUGCUCACUGUGAUAAGUAACAAAUUUCAGAAUGCAAUUUUCCAUAAAUUUUACAAUUUAUUUCCAACUCUGCUUACUGAUAACGUUGUAGAACUUCGUUAGUAGAAGCUGUCGGCAUGAGUAUUCAACACAAUUCAUUCAUGAUUUUUUGUAAUAAUGCUCUUAAUUUUCUCUGAUAGUUCAUGUUUUUCUGUCAAUGAACAACUGUAUAAAGUGUAGAGAUUAUUAUCGAUAGUAGAAUUUGUAAAUUUCAAAAAACAGAACCACGCAGGCGAAAAAAUCCCACUGUAAAUAGAUGAUUAUUGCUUUAUGUGUUUUAUGAAUAAAGUAAUAUUUAUUGUUCUAGUAGAUGUAACGUAGGUAGUAGUUGAUAUUCCGGAGCAUGACGAUUUACAAAUUCAAAUUUCUCCCCCAUAAUCAAACAAGUUCUUGUAAAUUUGUAAAAUAUAGUGAUUUUCAGUGUCUUCUCAAUAUUUAUUGGGGCUAGAUUAAAACUGAUGGUGUAGUUAAUUGAUGAACUAUAACUGUGCAGUAACAUUUUCAACAUAAUUCGAUGUUUUUCACAUAUAAUGGAUGUUUAUCAGCUAUACUAGAUUGAAUCGAAAAUAUUGAACUCUAGGCUCGAUGAUAUAAGAACCCCGUAGAUGUGUGUACUAGAUUGCAACUAAUCACUUUAAAAUCAAUUGAAAUCCUUCCCCUACAACGAAAUCGGAUAUUGUUUUUUUUUUCACACCAUUGAAAAUUACUUCGCCUUAUUUACUGUAAUAUUAUUCAAGUAAACCAUUAACCAACGCCAAGUUUGUUUUAUAAAUUUGGGACUAAUAUAUUUUCAAGUAGCCUAAGGGCCGAUUUCUGAGCUCGGGGUCUAUAGUUUCUGGACUUACAGUGUCCUGGACUAAAAUAAGCACUCAAACGUUGAGUAUAAGAAGAAUAUAAUCGUUUUCAAUCAAAACAGUACUUAAUAAUAAUAUUAUUCAAAUGUCGGUUGUAAGAGAGAAAUAAUUUACAAUGGAACGUCUGUUCUAUUCACAGCUAUGUUGAAAUAAGUUGAAAUUUGGGUACAAACCACAAGAAUUCAACAACUUUGAAAAAACUACUCAAAUUUUGAAAAAGGUAAAUCUUAAUAUUGAAUAAACAACAGACAUUUUGGUAAAAUGUGGGCGAUUGACAAGAAAAGAAUUCUAGUAAACUGGUUUUACAAUUCAUGUUGAAAAUGUAGCAUCAAAAAAGAAAUGAAGGGGAGUUGAAUCAGGAUCCCGAUAAAAUAUUCUCUAUAUUGUAAACUUAUCUAAAUUUGGGAGAGGAAUAGCAUAAGGUUACCUUAUUUUUUCUCUCCCUAUCAUUUUAAAUGAUGUACUUAUUGUAGGAAUCAAUAAAGAAUUAUUGUAAAAACUCACUUCCUAAAUCAAAGUUACACAAGAAUAAAUUUAACUAAAAAUUAAAUAAAAUAAAUAUAAUUUUAUUGCCAUUCAUCUGAUCAUAGUUACAGACAACGUAAUAUUCUAAUUCUAAUACAACACACAACAAAUUCGAAUUCAAUUUUUAAUAAAAAUCAACACAUAUAUUCCUGAUCAUAUACAUUUAUGAGGUUCUGCAAAACCAAAAUCCCUUUAAAUAUUUUUCAUGUUUGAAUUUUUCAACAAUCUCCCAUUUUGCAAUUUGAGAUUAUUUUUCAAUUAGUUCAUUUUUCAACGAGAUUAAAAAUUCGGCUGAUGAUAUUAAACAGAAAUAUUGUGUUCGUAAUGUUAUUGCUUCGUUUAUUUUUUUAUAAUUUCAUUAUUUUGUGUCCCAUAUUUUUUUGUCGUGUCGGAAUUCCAAAGAUCUCAUCAUUAUCCUACAUUUCGCGAGAAAUGCAUUAGUUGUAAAUACUAUCAGCAAUUUGUGUUUAUCACUUGUCAUUAAUUAUAAGUUUUUAUGUUCAUUCUAACUCACUAGUGUAGGAUACAACGUAUAUGCAUGUGCUACGAAUUUUAUCAUUCUCUGAUAAUCGGAAAGUGUAUGUAGUUUGCUAUUUUUGAAAUACUUGUCAAUAUUUCAAGAAUUAUUAUUUUUAGUAACUAUUAUUUAUCUCGUAGCUAGCUCAAUUUUGAUUUCUUGGAAAGAGGGCAUUCUAGCUAAUCAGUAGAUAGUUAUUGUGUUUGUAACUAAAACUAACUUCUCAAAUUUAUUUACUAAGCUGUGUCCUGUAGUUUUUGUAUCUUAUUAGGUUUAUUUGUUCUAAACUUGUAAUUUACUAGUAGUUUUCUAGUAAUGAUCUAGUUUGAACUAGUAAUUCACUAGUUUAGAAUACCUUUCACUUAGUUUAGACAAUC